UCUCUCUCUCUCAGUCUCUCUCCCUCUCUCUCUCUCUUCUCUCUGCUUCGAUAUUUCUAUAUCUUGCGGUCUCCUCUGCCGCUACGAUCACCAUCUAACGGUCGAGAAUGCGCGCAGCUCGCCCCGCCGUCUCCGCCGCGCUCUAGUGCCGGACGCCUCCAGAUCUGGUCCCUCCGCCCUCGGAUCUCGCUCUCCGGUGUAGGGGUUGUUUUGGCUUCGGUAACUGUCGGAAGGAGGAGGAAAAGGGAAGGCGCGCGCACGAAUGGGAACCACCACCGAGGUCGGGGCUGCUGCUCUCGGGCUCGGGGCGACCCUCGCCCGCCUCGUGCUAACGUGCGCCGGGGAGGCGCUCGUUAGCCUCGUCGUGGUCAACUUGGUCAACGGCCAGCUUUUCGGAGCUCCCCAGAAGGAGAACGGGGUUAAUCCUGAUGAAAGCCACACCCAGACCAAGCCAACUGAUGCCGGGGAAGAUGAUGAUGACAAUGGCGGUGACGAUGACGAUGAUGGGGAUGGCGGGUUUGGGGAAGGUGAAGAGGAAGUAUCAUCUGAAGGUGGAGAGGAGUUCAGUAAAACCCCUAACAGCAAUAAUGGUAGCUCGAAGAAGGGAGCAGAAAGCGGCGCUGGUGGGGGUGAAGAGAAUGGGGAAGAGGAGGAGGACGAUGAAGAUGGUGAAAACCCAGAAGGAGAUGACGAUGACGAUGACGACGACGAUGAUGACGAUGAAGAUGAGGAUGGCCGAGAGGAGGAGGAGGAGGAAGAAGUUGUUGAGGAAGAAGAGAAGGAAGAAGAAGAAGAAGACGAAGACGAAGAUGAAGAUGAGGAGGCCCUCCAGCCUCCGAAGAAGAGGAAGAAGUGAGGAUUCGUGAGAAGAGGGAAUCUGAGCUGCCUCCUCCUCCUAGUCCUAGACAACUCAUUCCUAAGUGACAUGUUCACUGACUUUCAGUCUUCUUUCCCGCAUGAGGGAAGACUUAAUUAGGAUGUAAUGCUUCUGUAAUCGAAUUUUCAGUUUCGCUGUUGCUGCUAGAGUUGCUAAAACGAGCGGUUGAGCUUGGGCAUUGGCAUCUGCUCAUACCCUGAGUUUUAAGCUCCUUUGCUACCUUUCAGGGAAUUUUUAAUGAUCUAUUGAGUCAAAUUCCUCCAUGAGAGUUUCUCUUUC